AAAUAACACAUUCUCCUUUUCCUCUUUUUAAUUUUUAAAUAAUUCAAUUACCACUAAUUAAACUUAAUACGAUUGAUUCCGUGUUGAAUGCAAGAGUUAAAUUUUCACAAAAGACAAUGGUUUAUUGAAACAAGAAAAUAACUCAUCCUCGUUUUCCUAUUUUUUAUUUUCAUCAUUAAUUAAUUCCAACAUGUUGAAUGUAUACGUUAAAUUUCAAUAAGGUAAUAAUUGAUUUAUAUUUUCAAACGUGGAUGAUAAAUGUAAUUCUAUUGAAUUAAACGUAUUCAUAAAAUGGUGUCUGUGCAUACUCUAUGUAAUUUGUAACAUUUUACUGUAUUUGUUUUAUUAAUUAAUUAACCAAUCACCUAAAAUAAAUUCAAAAUGUUCUUUUGCUAUUUUAUUUAGAAUAAAUAAAUUAUUUGGCACAUUUUAUUGAAUAAAUAAUCAAAUUGAAAAUGCAUUGUGAUAUUUUAUUGAACAGAUUUUAAUGGUGAGAAAAAUUGUAAAAUUGUAGAUCAUCGGGGCAGCACGGUGGAUCAAUUGGUAAAGCGUUGGCCUCACAAUUCUGAGUACCGGGUUCGAUCCCGGCCCCACCUGCGUGGAGUUUGCACUUUCUCCUCAUGCAACAUUAAUUGGACACCCUAAAUUGCCCCAAGGUGUGAUUCUCUCCAUGUGCCCCGCGAUUGGCUGGCGACCAGUUCAGGGCGUGCCCCGCCUCCUGCCCGUUGACAGCGGAGGUCGGCUCCGGCUCUCCCCGCGACCCUCGUGAGGAUAAGCGGCAAAGAAAUUGGAUGGAUGGAUUUCAGGGGUAAGAAAAAGUGCAAAAUUGGCAGAUCCUCGGUGGUCCCGCUGGAAGGUCCUGCAUCUCGUCGUCAGGGUAACGUAACUCAUCUCGUUGAAAAAGUACCUUUAGCGCUUCCUUGCUCACUCGUGCGCGUUGAGGAUCAGGUCGCAAACCUCCCCAAAGUUGCACCGGAACAAUGUUUUCCUUUCAUCGCCCAAACAGGCUUCCAUAGCUCAAAUGACAUUCAUAUAUAAAUUAAAAAAUAUAUAUAUACACUGCGUGCGUGUGUGUAUAUGUGAACAAAAGGCAGCUCUGUCAUCAGGGUUACUGUUGAGCGCGCAGCACAGCACAGCGGUACCUGUUCCUGUUCCCGUCAAUGAGCCCCAUUGUGCGCAGUGACCUUUUCUUCACGAACGACUCGGCCCACUCUCGGCCUCGCUGACCCGAAGGACUCCACGGCGCAUGUGAAGUGAGGGGAAGGGGAAACGCGAUCGUGCCUCGCUACGCCCGGAGACGGAGGAAGGUCCAGACAGCGUUCACCCCGAGUGGGCUGAGCACAGCCGAGAUGGAACUUUUGGGGACGUCAACAUUGUUGCUGUUGCUGCACCUGCUUUGCGUCGCCGGCGUUGCCGAUCCCAAAACGACAGUGUCCUGGUGCGUGGUGUCGGAUGCGGAGGAACGCAAGUGCUCGGACCUGGCCGGCGACGCCGCGGCUCGGAACGUCCGGGGGGCUCUGGCCUGCGUGCGGGGCUCGAACGCCGGAGACUGCAUGGAGAAAAUUCGAAACGGGAGCGCAGACGCGGCUUCCAUGUUUGCGGAUGACAUUUACGCCGCGGGCCUUUGUCACGGCUUGGACGUGGCGGCGGGGGAGUCCCUCAACGGAGUGGACGGCGUGAGCUACUACGUGGUGGCGCUGGCUCGCCGCUCGUCGUCCGACCUGUCCCUGCUGGAGAUGCACGAACGCAGCUCGUGCCACCCGGGCAUGCGCACCACGGUGGGCUGGACCGUGCCGGUCGGCUACCUGCUCAACACCUCGCAGAUCAGCGCGGGCGACCACUGCAACUUCCCCCGCGCCGUGGGGAACUUGUUCGGCUACAGCUGCGUCCCCGGUGUCAAGGACCCCCAGCACGACCCCCGAGGCAGCAACCCCAAGAACCUGUGCGAGGCCUGCAUCGGCGACGACAACGACCGCCACAUCUGCGCCGGCAACCCCCGGGAGAGGCACUACGGCGAGGCGGGGGCCCUCAGGUGCGUUGCGGAGAACCUCGGCGACGUGGCUUUUGUCAAGCACACCACCGUUUUUGACAAUUUGGACGGCAGGAACCAGGAGUCGUGGGCUCUGGACUUGGAGGCGGAGGACCUGAAGCUGCUCUGCCCCGACGGCGGCGAGGCCGACCUGGACGACUUCCGGCUGUGCCACUUGGCGGCCGUGCCCGCCAACGGCGUGGUGGUGCGCCCGCAAGACAAGUGCCGCGUCUGGAAGUUCUUGGAUCGACUUCAGAACGCGUUCGGCAACUCCACGGCCGGUUUUAGCCUGUUCAGCUCUUCGGGCUACUCCGACUCGGACGUUCUGUUCACCGACUCCACCCGCCGCCUGCUGAGGGUCGUGGGGGGCUUCGCGUCCUGGCUGGGCCCCUCCUACACCAGCGCCCUGCGAGCCUUCGAGUGUGAAGGAUUCUGCUGAUGAAAGGAGGCAGACAUCUUCCCUCGUCUUCCUUCUCCUGACAUCCAUUUCGGCCUUCUGCUUCCUUGCGUUGUGUUAUUUUCAAAGUUGUCCAAAAAUGACAACUUCAUGCAUUUGAUAAAUCUGUCUUUUCUUAAUAAGGAAAAAAAAAAAAGUAUCUCCUGUGUAACUUUCUUUUGGUGUGUGUUUUCUUAAGAUUUAUUUUUCACUUGUAGAAUUAUUAUUUUUUUCUAUC